GAGCAGGUAUUACUCUCAGGCUUCAGGCUGAGAUGAGGAAUGAGUUUGGCAUGAGUUCAACAGUCAGGAGAAGAUCUUCAGCAGAACGCUUGUAUCAGAAAUGAAAACCCAACGGAUCGGUUCAUUAGUUCCGUAGCUCCCAGACUCUGUGUCAGAUAAAUGGAGCAUGGCGUCAAUUGGACAGAUCAUCUUUUGGAGCAUGAUUGUCCUUAUAUUUGUAUUUGCUGGAUUCAUCAUUCUUCUAUUGGCUAUUGCAUUUUCAGUAUCCCAAGGCACAGUGGAGACUACUACCCCCUUUCCAGUGGGUAACCUCGGACAGGACGUGGUUCUGGAAUGCAAGUUCCGCACCAAAACCGGAGGGGACAGUUCUAAGGACGUGUUCAUCAGCUGGAAGAAAGAUGGUCUCAGUGGGCUGGUUUAUCAGUACAAGAACAACGCAGCACAGUUACAGGAGCAGAACUCACAGUUUCAAAACAGAGUUCAGCUUUUUCCGGACGCCAUCUCCGGGGGCAACGCUUCCCUGGUGCUGAGGAGUGUUAGGAUGGAGGACGCAGGUGUGUAUCGCUGCACUGUUGGUGCUCCUGGAGUCUUGAGCUCAGUCAGCAUUGACCUGAGAGUGACAGUUUAUUCAGCUCCCACGAUCUCCAAGUCAGCUAAUGGUCUGAAAGCUGUAGCUCCUAAAUGGUAUUUCAAACCAACGGUAACCUGGUCAGACCAGACUGGAACACUGUUAAACAGCAGCACCCAGUUUAACAACGUUUCAGAGGGAAUCGUGCAAGUGGUGAGCAACCUAACAGGCCCGCUGAUGAGCACACUGACCUACACCUGUAUCAUCCAGAACUCCCUUAUCCAAUCAGUCUCCGCAGUAACAGGUGAUGGAGAAUUGAGAAGUUCAUACUUCCUCACUAGCUCAUCACCAGCUACGCUGCCACUACAACUCACUGGCAUAAGUCCCCUCCUUCUCUACAUGCUGAUAUGGUGAAGGUAUUCCCAAGCUUAAUGGAUAUUGUACACCAAUCACAGGGACAUCUCCAAAAUCACUGUGGUAAAUGUGUAUUUGCUGAUUUUUAACUUGUGGACUUUGUAACUCGGUAUAAGUGAAAAAUGCCAGUUCCUUCAAACCCAUGUUUUAGACUACCGUAAAUAAAUGUAAAUAAUAAUUUAAUGAA